AUCUCUCAGUCUUGAGACAACACAAAAUGGCUAACUCAAACGAUUGGUCUCACCUCUACAGCAACAACCAAGCCUUCUACACAACUUCCACCAUCACUUCAACCGCCGUCACAACCACCACAGCAGCUUCUCCCUCCGGUGAAGCCACCUCCAUGGACUCUCGUCUUAGUCCAGAAACAGGCCGUGUAACCAAACCGGCACGUAGAAGAUCAAGAGCCUCACGUAGAACACCAACAACACUUCUCAACACGGACACAUCAAACUUCCGCGCCAUGGUUCAGCAGUUCACGGGCGGUCCAUCCGCUAUGGCUUUCGGGUCAGGUAAUACCACUUCCGGUUUUAGCCUCACCUCUUCGUCGGACCCAUCCGCCGGAUCUUCCCAACAAGUUCCUUGGCAAUAUAGUUACCAGCCUCACGCGCUGCCUCCACCGCAACAGCCUUAUAUGUUCUCGUUAAACAACAUGAAUCCCGUCGUUGGGUAUAGUAACAUGAACAACCCUAAUACGAUGGUUCCUGGUGGUUUUGGAACCGCGGGCGGUGGAGGAGGAGGUUCUGCUCCGUCGUAUAAGGAAGCCACGAAUAGUAAUACGUCGUCUUCGAGACUGCAAUGAGAAAACGAUUGGAUUUUUUUGAAAUAUUUUUUUCUCUUUUUUCGCAUAAAGGCAGAAAUGUUAGGUACUGACUUUCUUUUGUCAUAGAAUGACAACUUUGACUGUUGUAUAUUUAAGUUUUUCGUUUUCAUAUUCAAGCUUUUUAUCUUUGUUUUAGGCGUUGAGCAUUUGUUUA